UCUGAUAAAGCCACUGUCCAUGACCUGCUCAGCAGCAGACACACAGAGUCAGAGACCGGCUGGGGAACACAGCGGAGCGUUUAGUGGCUCCAGAGCCAGAGGUUUCCCUCAGGAGGUGGUGGAGACCAAACCCAGAAAACACAGAGGGAGGACUGGACUUUUACCAGUUAUCAUCCUAUUAUUCUGAGCUGCAGCGAGAGAACAAGAGUGUAAAAGCAGGAAUCCAGUUGAAAAUGAAAGACCUAUGCAGAAAGCAAAGCAGUUACAAUCAUCAUGUUUAACUCUCCCUCUGUUUGUCAGAAGCUCUGUUUUAAAACCAGGUGCAUGGAUAGUCUGGAGCAGAAAAUAAUUCUGUUCCUACUCUCUAUUACUUUGUUUUAAAAUCUUUUGUCCCUGUCAGUCUCCAACCCCAGGUUUUUGUUCCUAGCGGUCGAGGUGUUCAGUAUUUCCUAUGUUACAGCCCCCUCUAGUGGUGAAAUAUGUACUCGCACGUUCUAAGGUCACCUGGUGUGUAGAUGAAAUAUUGGUUUGGAUUAAAUAGGUGCACUUAGUGGCUUCUUUGCUGAAAGUCAGGUGAGAAUAUCACCAUCAGUCUGAUGUCUGUACAAUAAAAUGAAGCCAGGAGUUUGUUGGUGCAGCUUAGCAUGAAGAACAUAUCAUGAAUACAUGAUGUUUGGACAAUCAUGCAGCUGAGUUUUUGUACUGCUCCUGUUCAGUCUCUGCACUGGAUGUACACAAAUAAUCACACCCUGAUAGUCUCUCUCUCUCUCCCACGUGCACACACACACACACACACAUGCUGCUGUGAUACAUACACAUAUUGAGGCCUGUAUAAAGUAGAACACACCCAGGACAAAUAUGAAUAAAUGUUUUCUCAUUCAGACACAUUACUCUCCCAUUGGUGAACGAGUGUAAGUCACAGGUGAGUAACCGCUGUAAGAAUGUGGCAGAUCAGGUUUAGGUCUUCUUCCUUGACUGCUUUGACACAGCUGAGUGAGGAAACUCUGGGAACUACAAUCAAUCAGUCACCGUCGUUCUGCUCUGACCCCGUGGAGCUUAUUUUCUAAAGGAUCACUUUUUAUCCAUCUGCAGCUUCUUGUCUUUCUUUGGAUUCUUUGCUGCACCUCCUGCUGCGUGCGUUUGUGUCUGAUUAUUGGCAGCCUGUUUGGACUGUGAAUGAGGAAACCUGGAUCACAAUGGCGGUGAACCUGAGCAAGAACGGUGCUGCACUGAUGGCUGCUUAUAAAGAAGUGGUGGACGGAAAGUCGGGCACAAACUGGGCGCUGUUUACUUACGAAGGGAACAGUAAUGACAUUCGUCUGGCAGGAAAGGGAGAUGGUGGCUUAGAGGAAAUGGUGGAGGAACUGAACAGCGGGAAGGUGAUGUACGCUUUCUGUCGUGUCCAGGACCCCAACUCUGGUCUGCCCAAAUAUGUCCUCAUAAACUGGACAGGUGAAGGUGUGAAGGACUCCCGAAAAGGAAUGUGUGCCAACCACUUGAGCUCAAUGACCAACUUCCUAAAGGGAGCCCAUGUGACUAUAAACGCCCGGGGAGAGGAGGACGUGGAACCGGAGACCAUCUUGGACAAAGUGGCCAAAGCCUCUGGAGCCAACUAUAACUUCAACAAACAAACAGAGUAUAGAGACGCACCCAGAGGCCCGGUGGGUUCUGUGUAUCAGAAGGUCAACGCUGUGGAGGAGAUUCAACAAACCAACAAGGACAACUUCUGGUUCCAAGCCCAGAGGGACGAAAAGGUUCGUCAACAGGAGGAGAGCAAACGAGCGGAGCUGGAGAGACAGACGCUGGAGAGGGAGAGGAGGGAGCUGGAUGAGAAGCAGGCGAAGGACAGGGAGAGUAAAGCAAAGGAGAGAGCUCUGCAGAUCCAGCAGAACAGGAUUUAUCAGAAGCAGAGAGAAGAGGAAGAGGAAAGAGAGCGAGAGCAGCAGCGACUGAACCAGCAGGACAAAGAGAACAAGACGACAAACAUCAGCUCUGCUCCGUCUGUGCAGAAAGCUAAUGAGGCCAAGUCGCUGAUUUCUCAGAGAUCAUUUAACCCCAGAGACAUAUUCAUGCAGAAGGAGCAGAGCUUUGAGGCCGGUGACACACCCGCUGCAUCCAGACCUGGCAAGCUGCAGAGUCGAUUUCUAUCUCAGAAUUCGGUGGAGAGAGAGUCCCCAGUGCAGCCACAGUAUCCUCAAGCUUCAGCCAAGACCCCCCGGUCUCCUGUCACACCCAUCUCCCCUGUGCUGUCUCACUCAGCUGCUGUAGCUGUUGCCCACACUCCGCCUGUUCAGUCUGCAGGUGCUGCUUACACAGACGAGUGGUCAGACGAGUUUGAUGACGAUGAAGCUGCUGCAGCUCAGGAUCAUCAGCAUGAUGUGCCAGAAAGAGUCAGUAGGGAGGUGAACCUGUACGAAGACCUUUAUGUGCACAGCACCACAGCUGAAGACCAUGAAGCAGAUGACAGUGGACAGGACAUCUGUGCCAGAGCUCUGUACGACUACCAGGCUGCAGACGACACUGAGAUCACCUUUGACCCUGAUGACAUUAUAACCGGGAUAGACAUGGUGGAUGAAGGCUGGUGGAGAGGUUACGGACCUGACGGACACUACGGAAUGUUCCCCGCAAAUUAUGUGGAGCGUCUCUGAAAUUUCAUCACUCUGCUUUAUGUUAUUCACAAAGUUCUGGUAGAAACAUUUUAUUAAACUGAA